AAAAAAAAACAAAUGAAUAAGUCAUGAUAAAAAAAAGAAAUAUUCUAUAAUACACACACACACACAUAAUAUAUCUUCGUAAUAUAUUUAUCGUAUCAUACAUAAUAACAUCUCUUUUAUUACGUAAAUACGUAAAUCAUGAAACACGCAAGAGAUGCGAAAAAUGACUGAAAAGAAUUUUUAUUAAUAUAUAGCAGUAAAGGAAAAAAGGGAGAUUUAAAAAACAAUUUUCACAUGCAAACUCUUUAUUUUUCUUAAGUAAUGGCUUUCUCUGUCGAGCGUUAAAUUCUUGUCAUACAGCUCCUUCUUGCGAUUUUCUUAAUCGUUAAUACCGACGUCUCUUUUAUGCGUCCGCCGUUACUACGUAAAUACGAAUAUUUGCAAGUUAUCGAUUUUUGAUACGCAUUUGUGUGCCAUAAAAAACUGAUAUUACGAUGCAUCACGAGUUUACUAUUAUCACGUAUAUCAGGCUGCAAUGAUACAUUCAUAAUCUAUUGCAAUGGAUCACGCAUAGUACGGUAUAAUCGCUUAAGAAGUUAAAUCAAUAAUACACGAUAAGAAUAAGAAACGUAUCGACGUAAAACGAGUCAAACUAUAUAAACAAAUUCAAAUUUCUUAUCAUACGAAAAACGCGAAUAUAAUGUCAUCUUGAAUCUUUGUUAUUCAAUUUACAGUAUCGCUGACGGUAUCUAAUAUAUAGCGGGUAUGAUACUGUUUUAUUUUUUAUUCUCAUUUUAUUUAAUUCACGAUAUCGCUAUAGUCUCUUAUUUAUUUCUUUACACGUAAAUAAAAAAUGAAAGUACAACAAUCACAAAUUCGUGCGUCAUUGUUAACGUAGGAAAAGUACCAUCACGUGCACGUCCUCUUAAGGGAAAUAGACGUUUUAGAAAAAAAAAACAUAUAUUAAUUUUCACGUGAGGAAGUCUUAACAACCAAUGCGCCUCGGUAUCACGCAUUAUAUAUGUCGUAUUUCACCGUCAUGCAGCGACAUCGGAUAAUUGAAUCGCGAACGACGGUGCGUAGUUACCGCAAGAUAUAAUUUUCGUUCGACGUGAUCGAUCUGAUGAUUUCUGAAGAGACGAGAGACUACAACACAGACAGCAAUCUCGAUCGACGUAGAAUGGAUCACGAGAGAGCCAACGCGUUGCACUAAUAGUCCAUUAAUCGUUAAAUAACUCUGUAGCUUUUCCGCUCUAUCUACAUUACGGCCGCGGUUACGAUAAAGAGGGGGAUCGCGAAAUCUGUAUCGCACGGAGCUUUUCACGCGGAGUUAUCAAGUUAAUUAAAAUUAAUUCGGUGCAACGCGGCCGAGAGAGAUUGAGUUAGAGUUUCGGGUAAAAGGAAAAGUGCCAGAAGAUAGAGAAGGAGCCGCGUUUAACACGCGGGUGAAUCGCGUCGAAUCCGCGCGAGACACCCGUCUAAAUACACGGGGCUGAUUACAGAUUGCGCUUGUAGAGAGACGACAGAAUAUACGAAAUAUUCGUGUAAACCUUAUUGUAGAUACGUAAUCGAUACAUACGCUAUCCCGUUACACCCUCUACGAAUAUAUAACGUAACACCCCUGAUGCGUAAGCAUCUGGGGAAUGAUAAUGAUGAGUGUACGUCGACGGAGAAGAGAGAUCGAUGAUGAAAAAUGUCCGAGUCGCGCGAGAUCACGCCAAAAAUAGAAAUCUCUCACUUACGUCACUACUACCUUUAGGUACCUCGUACAAUUUACACGUUGCUAGAAAGAGAGAAGGAAAGAAAGAGAGAUAUGUAUAACACAUUAUUUACACUAUAUUGCUUCCACAUGAAUUAUUAAGAGAUACUAUUUGAUUCAAUUAACAUAUUGUGCGACACUUCACGGAGACAUAAUGAUAAUUAACAUUAAAUUAAUUGUCGUAAUUGUCACGAGUUACCACUUCGUACGAACGCAAUAGUGUAACAAUUAUCCAGCGUAUCCUGGACUAUGAUUGCUGGAGAGGUAUUAUAAUAAUAUUUUUGUUUUUAAAUUUACAUUUUCGUUCUUUAUUUCUCAACGCUCCCGCCGAACGCAUCCUCCGAUCUCGUUAAACAAAUGGCUGCGUCCCCUUUUAUCUUUAUAAAAAAAAUAUAUGUAGAAUGCAAUUUAGCCGCAGUAUGUAGAAUGCAAUUUAGCCGCAAAUGUCUAUUGCCAGAUAUAAAACAUACAUAUAAAAAUACGUAUAAUCGUCGUCACGCGAUGGGUAACAUCCAGGAGUAAGACUUUUGUCCAUAUUUUAUUAAAAAGGUUCCAUCAAAGUUGUCCAUAGAUUCUUUAAUUUGUAAUGUCCCGCGACAAAAGUUCUUAAAAAAAAAUAAAUUAAUUAAAACUGACUAGCGGACAUUUAUAUCAUUUAUGAAAUUAGUCUUUAUUUUUAGAAUUAAAUUUAAUACUCUUUGUGUGUAUUAUAAUAAUACAGAAAAAGAGAUAAAAGAAUACAUAUCUUCUAAUGAAGUCUUUUAUAACAUAUUUCUUUUCUCAUAUUGUGUGUGCAUUUAGGACAUAAUAAGCUCAGAUUUAAUUACCGUUUCAAAGAUGAGAAAUUCAACUUUGCAGAACCUGUCAGUUCUUUCAAAAUUAAUUACUUCGUGCAAGAGAGAUUUACAUCGCGAAGAUUUAAUAUCGAUAUAGACACGAUCCUAAAACUAAUCCUUGCUGAAGUUUGGCACGAACGGUACCAGCAAUCACGAAAAUCCUCAAUCCUUCCUUACCAAUGUCUAUUUAGACGUAUUUUAGAAAACUUACCACUUUAAAAGGAUAAUACGCACAGCGUGUGAAUCACCCUCACAAUUCACCUCCAAGGUCUGCAAAAGCAUCGCCAUCACUCACCGCCUGCCAGUCAAGAGGUCAGUCUGCACACACUAUGUAAUUUUUGGUAACAAGAGGGAUGCAUCCAGUAUUAGAGCUCACUGAAUAAUCAAUGUACAUUACUAGAUGCAUCCGAAUACAUUAAAUUAUCCAAGUGCAUUGUGUUUUCCACUUAUCGAAUGUUUAAAAAUAAAUUAUCGUCACAAUUCCAGCCUGAGACUCCCGUGAAUGAUCGCCACUUUCCAAACGAUUCAAAAAUGGGCGACAAUGAGAUACUCCAGCCUCAACCGCCACCCUCCACGCCGACCAAAGCACGUGGCGUCACAUCACCCUCGUCCAUUGUAACACCCCGAGCCGUUAGAAGCGGUUUGGCCAAAUCUCCGGAAUCCACAACGCCCAGAAGGCAACUCGUGCAAGAGACGGAGGGUCUAACCCUCGCGAACGGACGAGCAUCCAAAACACCCUCGCCAGAUGCGACGAAUGACAGAAACACACCGAAGGGUCGCUCGCCAACCGCCCCGCGUCCACCCAGCAGCUUGCGCGUUAAAUCCGCCAACGAUAAGUCCUCCCCCAACACUCCUAGAAAAACAUCCCCCGGUACACCGGGCAAAACGUCUCCCGGCACAUCUAGCAAGACGUCUCCCGGCACACCUAGUAAGACGUCUCCCGGCACACCUAGCAAAACGUCUCCCGGCACACCUAGCAAAACAUCUUCCGGCACACCGAGAAAAAGCCCGUCGCCCAGAGAGUUGCGUCUUCCGAAACUCGCAUCUUCGCCGAUACCACAAGAAGCAAGUCCAGCAGCUCCCGAAACUCACUCGAAAAUUACUUUACCCAAACUGAUCGAACCAUCCUCGAAAGCUGCCCGAAUGGCGUAUUAGAAUAAAAAAUACGACAGGCUUUCUAGCACUUAUGUUAGCACAAGAUAUCUCAGAUAACUCGCAUUUUCUUUCUGCCGCUUUUUUCGAUCCAUUGGAAAUCGAUUUUUCUUUAAAAAAAUCUGAGUUUUUGUCACAACUUUUUUAAAGUAAAAUAUUUUUAUUUGUUUAUAGUUCUAGAACUUAAUCUCUCGUAAAUAUAAAAUCUAUUGACGUCUCAAUAUUUUUAUAUUCAGAAAAAAAUUACUUCAAAUUAACUCAUAAACUCGUAUCUCGUAUAUAAAAGCAAAUGCAAGGAUGCUUGGAGCAUCUUGUACAUUUUAUGAAAGUGAGUGCAAAAAGUAAUAAUUUAGAGAACAAAUAACAGUAGAAAAUCAGUAAAAAAUUAUACUUGCCAGAGUAGAUGUUUUCUUUUUAUUGACUAAUAUAAUUCUAAUAUAAAAGUUUAAAAAAGUAAAUUUUUCUAUCAUAGAGAGAAAGAGAGAAAUAAUCUCUUAAUCAAAUAUUAAUAGAUUCGAUUCGAAAGUAAACUGAUAAUUCAUGGCAAAACGGAAUAAGGACUUGAUCUUCUUUGCAAGUCUUAUAUUUUCCCAACUAAAUCGUUAAUUUUUCCAACCCCGUAUCUUCCACCGUAUGGAAGAUUAACUUUUAACGGGUGUUGGAAACAAAAGUGCCAGAUAGAUAUAUCACUGACCUUUGUUAAUUAUUAACGCGAUAUUAUUUUUAUGUCACAAAUAUUUCUAAUAUUCAUUUAUUAUUUUAUUUUUAAUAAAAAUCAGUAGUAUAUAUGAAUAAUUCUCAAAAAAAUAUUUUUUGAUUAUAAAUUUUUUUAUAAAAUAUCCUUAACAAUU